AUGGAGCCGCGGAGCAAGGAAUCCCGGCUUAAUCUCGACGUAAAUUUGCUGCUGUACCAUAUCGGCCUACCUAUUUUGUUAUUGUUAGCGAUAAUCUUCAACAUCUCUAUCCUUGCCUAUAUUUAUGUGCUUUUUCUGUUUGCUAUACCAUUUUUCGUCACGACAAAUGUCAACAAGCAUGGUCGCCGUUUGGAACGUAUCUUUAUCGAAAUUGGCUUAAGCAGAUACACUCAUCGCGAUUUUCUGGAACUGCUCAGCCAACUUCUACUCAAACAUCUCGUCUUUAUCGGCGUUGGAUUGCUUAUAUUACGGCUUCAAUUAAUUCGCUACAUCCGUGAGAAAAAGAUCUGCGAUGUAGAGCAUUUUCCGGAGCUGAGCUAUUCCGUACACUCCGAUACACGAUUUGCCGCCACCAUCCAGCAUUGUGUCUUUUUGGCAGCAAUGAUGAUUUGUGGAUUUAUUUAUCCGUCGUUGGCAACUGUUCCCUACUUUCUGCUCUAUUUCUAUGCUUUCUUACGCUGGGCAUUCGACCGGAAUAUGAGUGAUCGGGAGUUCCGAAGACUGCGAAUUCUCACUAUAAUGUACAUUUUCAUCCACAUUUCGGCGCUUCAUUGCUAUCAGCUGCCGGCUCUACAUCGAUUUUUGAAGCCAGAAACUUUCUGGACAAGAAUUUCCGGAUUGAAUCGAUUGCUCCAUUUCCGGUGCGAUCGGUUUAUCUACCCGAAAGUAACGUUUACAUGGAGUUGGCCGGAACGAGUUCAACCGUUUGUGCUGUUGAUUUUCUACAAUUUAUGUGUUUAUCAGCUAAAAAUGGGCGACGAGAAACCGUCACUUGGAGGAAGGCACAAAGGUCAAAGAGUAUCCCUGAGGCUUGUGAAUCCGCCGGAAAUAGCAACAACUGAAGGACCAUCCCCCAUCGUUCAAGUGACCAUCACUGUUGUUGACGAAGAUAAAGACCAACCUGCCAUUCAGCUCGACAAUGAAGGGAUGCUCGAUUCUCAUUCAUCAAAACUCUCCGAAAUCCUUUCCCCAAUGCAAUAUAUACGCCGCUUUUUCACCAUGGUUGUGCACGAGGUGGUUGGCGACAAUUUCAAGCUAGCAGACUUCCUGGGGAAAAGCCUGGAAUUCGCGAAGGCGCAGGGCUACGUUUUGACCCUCUUUACGAUGAUGGCUUGGUCGCUGACAUUCCAUUCUUGGUUGACGUUUGCAUUGCUGGCGGCUUCAUGCGUUGUCUGGAUGAGUCCAAAUCCCAAGAAGUUUUGCUUUAAGGUUGGCCCUUUUAUUGCACUGUACGCGACGCUACUGCUGCUCCUCCAGUAUGUCUACAGUAUGAAUUUGACCCAAAUCGAGUUGCCUGAUGAAAAUCCACCGUAUUUGCGGCAGUUUGGCAUGGAAAAAUCAAGAGACAGCCCGCCGUUCAUUCCACUUUGCAUCAAAGCCAUCUACACAAUGCUGAUUUUUCUUUCUAUCAAACAAAAGAUUGUUGACGAAAAAUUGAAACGUUCUCAAGGUCGCGGUUCAAUUGUGGCCGAAGAAACUGAAAAAUCAAUGCUGGAAAGCAAGGAAUCGGAAAAAAAAACUCGUUGGGGAAGAAUUCGACAAUUUCUGGCUGACCAUUGGGUGUUAUUCACGCUGUUUUUGAUCUUGGUCAUAUCGCUGCAAGACCCAGUGGUCCUCUACCGGCUGCUAUAUAUGACCUUCUUCCAGACGUUCCUCAUAUUCUUCCAAGUUUCCUUCCCAACCUGGCGCCGAGGGUUGUAUUUCUUUUGGAUGGCAAUGAUCAUCUACUGUAUGGCUGUCGUUACUCUCAUCUAUACCUUCCAAUUCCACGGUGUCCCCGAUUUCUAUGGGCGGUAUUUGAAUGAUGAUGUCCGUCGUGAGAAGGAGGCGGAGGAGGAAAAGGCAAAGGAAGCAUUGGCUGAGGAAGAGAGUCGACAAAAGUUGGACAUGAAAGCGAAGAUGAGGGUUUAUUUGGGAAAGCUGGAAAAGAAAUAUCAUCAUAUGGUUGAUAAACGAGAUCAGUAUAUCGAAGUGAUUUGGCGGAUUGUGGAGAUGCAUAUGGAGAGGGCUAUUUGUUGUUUGAUGGUUUAUGGGGCGAUUGUUGAGGUUUCCGCUACAAAUAUACCAAUGAUGGUGUUCGUAUCGUUUGUGCUCCCUCGAGAACAUUUGUAUUCUGCUCUCUCCCCAUUUUUGGCUGUAUGGACCUCAAUUCUCGUGAUGGGAAAAAUGCUCUAUCAAAUGGACGCUUUUCGGGAGGAGACAUUUUUGGGGAAUUGUGAGACGGAUAUUCUGAACGGCACGUACUCGGUAAUGCCGUGGACUGGAUUGAAUAAAACGGCUACAGUAUCUACACUGUUAUGGCCCUAUGUUGCCCUUACCAUUGCAUUUGCUGCACGAACAGUCGUCUGGUUAAGAAUGACAAUGCAUCGAAAAAAUAACCAGGAAGCCCCUCCACUACGCGGUAUUAUAUUUUCCAACAUAAGCCGCAGAAAAGCCGACAAAUCACUGAGCAAAUGCUUGCAAUAUCUAGCCAAUUAUUUCUUUUACAAAUUCGGCUUUGAGUGCUGCUGCAUUAUUUCCGUGAUUACCAUCGGACUUCGGUGUGAUAUCUACUCGGUGAUCUACGCCAUAUUUUUGAUUGUAUUCCUAAUCCGACGUCGUGAAGAAGUUGCUGCAAUCUGGCCAAAAUACACCAUUUUCCUGGCCGUGACUUUUUCAAUACAGUACCUGCUAUGUCUUGGGAUCCCAAAAAUUUUCUGUCUAGCGUAUCCCUGGAGUCCGUGGGAUCAAGAUUUGAUUGAAUGGCUUUUCUUACCUGAUCAUUUGGUCCCUCCAAAUGCCGUCAAAUUAUGGGCUGAUUUCUUCCAACUCUUGUUCGUCAGUUGUCAAGCCCACGUCUUUUCUAUUGAACUUUCCAAAGAUGCUGGUUAUUAUCCUGGAGGCCAAAAUUCGCCGGUUGUCUCGUACCAUAGCUUGUAUACAUUGUGGUAUUGUGCCCUCAAAAAAAUAGCCCUCGAUGGACCAACGAGAAGAAAGAAAAAAGAACCUAUAAACGUUCCCGAUUUCAUCAGCAACCGAAAAACGUUACUGGAUCUGGCGAAGACCUUUAUAUUUGUAUAUUUUUACUGGAUAACUCUGGGAGUGAUUUUUGUGACCGGCACCAGCACAGUGACCUUGUUCAAUUUGGGUUAUGUGCUUGGGUGCUUUUUCUUUCUAUGGUUUGGCAACUCGCUGUUUCUUCGGCCAAUGGGCUCGGCAUUGCAAUUGUGGGAUACAUUGAUAUUCUACAAUGUGUCCGUCAUUUUUGUGAAGAUCUCCCUGCAGGUCGUCGGUUGUGUCUAUAUGUCACAGCUCUACAAAAACUUUUGCUGGAUGCUACAGCUUUUUGGAAUUGCUUGUCUCAAGACAGGGAUGGCUGCCGAAACGAUUGUAAGCCGAGAGAUUUUGGGAGAAUGCGAUGUUCCCCAUAGCGAGGCUGGGAUCUACUAUGAUGGCUUAUGCUUUGCAUUCCUUCUGAUCCAACGUCGCAUCUUCCUUUCUGAAUAUUUCAAGCAUGUAAUCGCCGAAUACCGAUCACAGCGUUUCUUUGCUAGUCGGGGCGCUGAGCUAAUUGCAAAAAUUACCUUGAAGGAUAUUAAAGAUGCUGAGGAGGCAGAGGCUGAGAUGUUGGCACAGGUAACUUACUUUCACAUCCAAAACCCUUUAGUUCCAUCUGUGGAUGAGCUCGACGUUAGCCCAUCAGAACUAUCGCCAACAUUACCCCUGGUUUCCAUCGACAGUGAAGGAGCAACGGAGCCAUUUGACAAGGAUAGUGCACGCUCAUCACCUAUCGUAUUUUCGGUGAACGGAGAAAAAGCAUCGAUUGAUAUGCCCGAAGGGGUGCCGAAGGAGCAACUUCCGAGGCUUCACGUUGACUUUGCCAUUGACUACACGCCAAAGCCACCAAAGACACCCCGAAAAAUCAGUCAAAGCAUUCCACGCCAAAGGGGCUUGCCCCUAAAAUCCCAAUCAACCAGCAAUCCUGAAGAUGCCUGGUACUCCCCCUCGACUCCACAAAAAGAAAAGAUGUUCGACGAGAAAAUCAUCGAAAAAGAAGGAGGUGUCAAAGGUCUGGGACCACUCCAACUGCUACAAUUCGUCUUCUCGAAGGGAUCAUUCCGUGAAGCGCUCAGGGAAUCACGAAAAAUCGAGGCCACUCAUGAAAAGCUGGAAAAAGAAAUGGAGCAGACAUUCGGAAAAGCUGACCACGAAGCUAUUCGAAGAGCCAUCUUCAGUCAAAAACAGAAAAAGCCGAGGGCAGAUUAUGAUGAGGCCACUUUUGAUGAUCCAUAUACGUCAGGGAGGGAAGAUAGUGAUUUGGCUGAACGCCGGAAGUCAACGAUACCAAGAGGGCCAUUAGAUGUAAUUGCAAUGCGACGUUCCGUAAGCGAUGUGACAAAACCAGGGUCGUUUUCACAGGAUUCAAUGGGCGAACCACACUCAGCCAGCUCAUCGCCAAUGAAAGAAACCAUGGAAAACCUAGCCGCUUAUCAUUGUCAAGAAGAGCAUUCAGACGAAGAGCAAGACACCGAGACAAAGAAAAAAAUUCGUGCGCGAAUGAGGGAGAGCCGGCUAUAUCAUUAUUGGAUUUACAUGAAGGAAUGGUUUAGCGACCUGGGUCGCUUCAUGCUCAUGUUUGGAGACGCUGUGCUCGAAUCCACAAUCCAGAAUCUCAUGAUAUUAAGCCGAGAUUAUCGAUAUGUGGCUCGUAUUUUACGGACUGAGAAACGAUUGCACAAAGAAUUGGCUGAUGAAUCGGAAGAUGAGCGCUUACUGUCGGCUGUGCAAUUGGAACGGAAAAGAAGUUUUUUGAAAUUCCAGAUCGAAAACCGGAAGGCUUCAACGACAGUUGUGGGAAUUGAGGAUGAAGAUAUGCAAAAGCUACAUGAAGCGAUUGAGGCCUCAGAAACGAAAGAAGCAAACAUCGUUGAUCUGCUAGAUACAGCCGAAAAUUCAGAACGGGAACAAGUUGCAUCGCCAAAAAUUCAAGUGGAAGACGAGUAUCGAUUGAUUCGGUUGAUAAGAGCUUUCUAUUUUGCGCUGAUGUCCAAAUCAGAAGUGAUCUGCUAUUUGAUGAUCGUAUUCAAUCAUAUGAGCACGGCUUCCCUCCUUUCAAUGCCACUUCCAAUCAUGACACUUUUAUGGGGAACCCUUACCGUACCACGGCCGACAAAACGCUUCUGGAUUACCGUAAUUACCUAUACAGAGGUCAUGGUGGUAGUAAAAACCGUAUUCCAAUUCGGUUUCUUCCCCUGGAAUGGCCAGACGUCAGUUGAUCCAAUGUGGCCACCAAGGUUAUUGGGAAUUGAAAAACGAGAAAAAUAUGCAGCAUGGGACCUCGCACUUCUGAUGGCCUUAUUUUUGCAUCGAUCCAUCUUAAUGACGAACGGGCUUUGGGAGCCUGAAGUUAGUGAACAAGAUUUGAUACGAAAGUUGGAAAAGAAACGGCUGAAGAACUGCGAAGUACGUCCGAUCUCCGUCAUU